GAUUCAGCUCCAACAAUUACCAUUAUCUGUUCCCCAGUUUGACGAUACGGGGCGAAUCUGUAAUGAUGACGAGUGUUUCCUUCGCUCAUUGUUGACGCGUUGCCGUUUUUUCUCCAGUGUUUCCCCACCUACCGUCUUUGGGUGACAGCACUCCAGCCAUUCAGGUACUCAGCGGAGGAGGGGGGGGGCUUUAUAAGCGCGCAGCCUUGUGUUUGCAGCCACUGGAGUGCUGUUUGUGUAAACACUGAGCCCGGUUGGACACAGCGCGGGUGUUUGGACAGUGCGUAAAGUGGAUCCGCGGCUUGGACAGACGCAUUACUGUAGGCGCCCGUUUCUUUUUUUUGCGCAAAACAAACGCGGAUUGCGGACAAAGACGCGAUGGCGGCAGCGGCCAAAUUCAGCUUUUCCGUCAGGAGCAUCCUCGAUUUGCCUGAGAAGGAUGCGGAGGCAGCGCCGCGGUGCUCCACGGUUUACUCCUCCUGCUCGUCCAGCUCGCCCUACAUCUCCUGGAUGGACUGCGACCGGAGCCCAUGCAUGUCGUCCGAUGAAGGCAGCCUCGAGGCCUCUCCCGACUCCACCAAACCGGACGACUCCUCCCUGGACUCGGAGCCCGACAAGGGCAAGAAGAGCAAGAAGCGCCGGGUUCUGUUCUCCAAGGCCCAGACCCUGGAGCUGGAGAGGCGCUUCCGCCAGCAGCGCUACCUGUCCGGGCCCGAGAGGGAGCAGCUGGCCCGGCUGCUCAGCCUGACGCCGACCCAGGUGAAGAUCUGGUUCCAGAACCACCGCUACAAGAUGAAAAGAGGUCGGGCGGAAGGAGGCCCGCCGGACGUGGAGGUGGCGCCGCCGCCUCUGUUGCGCAGGGUCGUGGUUCCCAUCCUGGUCCGCGACGGGAAGCCGUUCCACCCGUGCCUGCUGGACGCGGAGAAAUCCAGCUGUUUGCCCGCGUCCUCCCAGCCGGGCCCCUUCUCCCUGGCCUACCCGUCGCUCCAGCAUCCAGUCGCGCUUCCCCACCAGUACCAGCACUUUCCUGCCGCUGCCGCGUCCAGAUUCGCCUGGAGGGACUUUUGGAGCGACUCGGUCCACUUUAAUGCCUUCAAGUGAAGACCUCGUUUCAAUGCACAAACUCACUUAGACCUGCAUCAGAUGUUUCUGAAUGUGAACUCUAAACAUAGAUUUUCCACAGAACAAACGAUAUUUUGCACAUUUUAUUUUGAUAUUGUAGCUUGUGAGAUCAAAAAUCUUAAUAUUUUUUCGUGCUUGGGCUUCCUGACGUAGCCCGCAUACUUUAAUUAUCCGGUGAGAUUAUAUGCACCCAGCUGUGUGGGUUUAAAUGUAAUAUUUGUACAUAGAGGUUUCAUGUACAUUAGGCCGCAAUAGGCGGCGAUAGAGGAGCAAUACUAUUGAAUGUUUCAAAGGAAGUUAUUUGCUGUUUUAAUGAGACCUUUGGUUGUUUGAACUGUUAAAAUGUUUGAAAUUGUUAAUAAACCUUUCCUAUAUUUUGUAUGAACACUUUUACACUUGUAUUGUGCUUUAUUUUAUUUCCAUUCUGCUCAGAACAGUCUUUGCUGAAUGGAAAGAAUUUGGGUGCAAGAAUAGCCCAAAUUUUAUUUUACUUGAGUGUGAAACACAUUCAUGACAUCAAC